CAAAAGUUCAAGAACCUCCAUUUUUUCCUCCAAGUUCCAUUUUUUCUUGAUCACCCACAAAACCCUUUCUGGGUUUUUGCAUUUUUUUCAUUUCAAGAACACCAUUUUUCUCCAUUGUUUCAAUAAUGGAGUCAGAUAUGAAUAUACCCAGAGAAGAAGCAAUGUAUGUAUCAAGAAUAUGUUGGUACAAGUUCAAGAAAGUGGCAAGACUUGCUCUGUACACACCGUUCGUUGUUUGUUUAGCUUCUGGGACUCUAGAAAAUGAUACAUUUCUGAGUUUCUUAGGUCAAGAUAAUUACUACUACAAAGCAUUUGCUAAAGCAUAUGAAGCUGCAGAAAAGUAUACUGAUGAUGAUGAUGCAAAGUACGCCCUUCGUGACUUGCAGAGGAUUGCCACUAGAGAAUUCAAGGUUCAAGACUCGUUUCUUCAAGAGUGGGAUGCUGAUAUUGGCAAGAAGUGCACUCUCAACCCCAUAACACUCAAGUUCACAGAGUUCUUAAAGGCUACAGCCUCAGGAAAGAUUGAAGGAGUAUGCGCUGAAAAAUUUGAAACAGAGUUUGAGAGAACCAAGUUGCCAGCUUAUAUCUUUGGUGCUAUGAUUCCUUGCCUUAGGCUUUAUGCCAACCUUGGUAAGGAGCUUCUGGUGUUUCUUCAGGGAAAUCCAACUCAUCAAUAUAGGAUAAUCAUUCGAAAUUAUGCUUCUGAAAGUUUGGAGGAAUUGGCUAAGAAAAAUGAGAACUUGUUGGACAAACUAAGCAUCACUUUGACAAGCCACGAGCUCAGCAUCGUUGAGAAGCUUUAUGAAAGGGCAAUGAAAAUUGAAGUGGGGUUCCUGUUAGGGCAGCCACUUGAUCAGAAAUCUGUCAUCCCUAUAUCAAGAGAGCACAAUCUUGAUGAAGAACGGCUUGUGAUAUUCUUUAAGUUUGAUUCAACAUGCUCGGUUAUUGAUUCUUCAGCCAUCUUGGCAGAAAUGACAAUUGUAUCAGCACCAAAAUCUGAUGAAAAUCAACCAGAGAACCAACCAGAAAAUCAACCAGAGAACCAACCUGAGAGCCAACCAGAGAAUCAACCUGAGAGCCAACCAGAGAGCCAACCAGAGAAUCAACCAGAGAGCCAACCAGAGAAUCAAGUUGUUCGACUAUUGUCAGAAGUUCUUAAUAGUACAUGGGACGAUAUCUGUAAGGACUAUACCGACGAAUAUGAGCAAUGCAUAGACACACUGUUGCUCACUCAUGAAAAAGCUGAAAAACUUGAUUAUGAAAGGCUGCAUAAAGCACUUGAGCAGCUUUCAGAUUUUGAGAAAAGAGCUAAUACAAGGGUGAGUGAAUCUGGAGUACUGAGAGGUCUGAGACUUGACGGGAUAAAGCGAGUUGGUGAGCUGAUGGUUCUCCAGGAUGGUUGUAAAAACUUUUUCCAGAGCAUAAUAAAAAAUGAACAGUUGAAUGCAGACAUUCAUGCCCUCUCCUGUUGUUGGUGCAGUGACCUUAUAAGGUCUGCCUUUUCAUCAGAUGGUUUGGAUGUUGUGCAUGUGCACGCGAAUGAGUUUAUAUUUGAAGAAAAUCUAUCCACUGGUGUAAUUGUUAGUAAAGUUGAAGGCCCCUUUGACAAGGUUCAAACCUUCAGUGAAGUUUUAAACAACUACAACGAUGACAAAAAGAACCUGACUGUUCACAUUGGGGAUACAGUGAGUGAUUUGCUUUGCUUGCUGCAAGCAGAUAUUGGCAUUGUGAUUAAUCCAAGCCCAAACCUGAUGAGAGUUGGGAAUCAUUUUGGUGUUUCUUUCAUUCCGCUGUAUCGUGGCAUCAUUGAGAAACAGAAGACUUAUGCUAAGAAAGACUCAACUAGUUGGAACAAACUCUCUGGUGUUCUAUAUACUGUUUCUAGCUGGGCUGAGAUUCACAUGUUCAUACAGGGAUCGAUAUACACAGAUUAGUCGUGUUAAUUAGGACGUACAGAAAUUCAUACAUAGUGGUAGUAGAUCAUCAUACAUACAAGUUCUAUUGCAGUCCACAGAAUCAACUCUUUUUUACAAGACCAUCUCUUCAGAAGUGUAAAUCUUUGAUUCGUUGAAUCGUCAUGAGGAAGCUGGUGUUUCAACAAUAUUGCUCAAGUGUUACAUACAUGGUUGUUACAGAUAUAUACUUGUUGUUAAGUAUACAAGAAAAGGCAGUGAUUGAUUUGAGUUGUAUACAUUUUUAGUUUCAUAGCUUUGUUUUUGGUUCUG